UAUGCACCAAACAGUUUUCAAGAAACACACAUUUAACUAGACAUAUGAUAGUGCAUACUGGUGAAAAACCGUUUAAAUGUGAAAUUUGUACCAAACAGUUUUCAACAAACACAUUUAACUAGACAUAUGCGAGUGCAUACCGGUGAAAAACCAUUUGCAUGUGAAGUAUGUAACAAACAGUUUUCAGGAAGUUGGAAUUUAAAAUCACAUAUGGUAAUACACAGCGGUGAAAAAGCUUAUUCCUGUGAAAUUUGCGCUAAAAAGUAUUCACAAAGUUCUACUUUACAAACACAUAUGAGAGUGCAUACUGGUGAAAAACCUUUCACAUGCCAAAUAUGCAACAAACAGUUUUCACAAAGAUCUGGUUUAGAAUAUCAUAUGAAAGUGCAUACUGGUGAAAAACCGUUUGAAUGUGAAAUUUGCACCAAACAGUUUUCAACGAAACAAAUUUUAAAUACACAUAUGAGAGUCCAUACUGGUGAAAAACCUUUCAAAUGCCGAAUAUGCAACAAACAGUUUUCACAAAGUUCUAAUUUAAAUAGUCAUAUGAAAACACACACAUGAAUGUAUUCAAUAUCGUUUUGACACUCCUUUUAAAACGUAAACUUUAUUAGGAAUCGGGGAAAAAUGACGGCGUAGUGGUAGCAAAUACUAUAGACUAUCAGACAUCCAACUCCGACAGAAAACUGGCAGCACGUUGCUACUAGCGCCUCUACCGGCUGGAGUUGAUAACUACGUGUUUUUAACGUAGACAUACAAAUUUUAUUUUGUUAAUUUUUGGAUAACUAGCUAAUCUUGGUAAAUUGUGUUUGUAUUUUUAUACAAAAUGUCUUAUAAAAUGGGUUCGGUAAAGUGGAUUCUCAGCAAAUACCUAGGACGGCAACAAAAUUAACUAAAAAGUGUAUUCCUUUGCCCCAAUUCACCCUGAAGAGAGUGUGUUUAGCUGCAAUUUUUUGUUUCAAGAAAGCUAACCCAAGACUGCAUGGAAAAUUUAUUUUCUAUUAUUAGGGCUAAGGUUUUUAAUAAUACAUCUGAUAGUGUGAAAUUUAUUUGUACAUACUUAUAAAAGAAGAUUCAGAUAAAAUUAUUAUUGAUAUAUUUAAAAGGUAUUUUUAAUAAAAUUGUAUACAAGGGGGUGUUAAAAAUGUUAAAUAUAAAUUAAAAUUAAAAUGUUACAAGAAAUUCUCCAAAAUGUAGGUACAAAUUGUCACAAAAAAUUUUUUUUUAGAUAAAUAUUUUAAUGUUUUAAUAAAAGCGUAUCUAAAUAAAAUUCAUGAUAGAAUGAAAAAUUAUGUAAAUUAAAAAGUAACAAUAUCAAAUUGAAAUAACUAAAUUUAUAUUUUUAUUUAAAUAUAAAAACUAAUAAUAUUAUAAAAAUAACUUUAUUUUAAAUGCAUAGUUUGUGGUUAUCAACUCAUACCACUAGAUGGUGCUAUUUUGUUUGCUAUAACAAAAUUAAUCGGAAAUGUCAAGAGUUGUACGUAUUAUAGUAUAUCUAUAGUAUUUGGUGGUGUUCAAACUCAAAUUAAUCCCUUAAUUUGUAAUCUCACAUUUUUCUUAACUUCCUAAACUUUUAUAGUUUCACCGUGUAUAAUUGAAUUAUAGGGAAACAUCGAGUAAUAUUUUAAUAAUUAGAGUCCGUUCAACCUGCAUACUUAAUAAAUUGCCAAAUAAUAUAUUUUUCAAUUGAACUUUAUAAGUUUUGCAAUAGCUUCCUUCAAAAUGUAGUUGCAAUCUUUCAGCAUAUUCAAAGUCCGUAGUUCGGUUGUCAUGCAACUUAUUGAUGAAUUGUCUAUUUUGACGAGAUUAUAAAUUAACCAAAGGGACUAUUUUUUGUCGCAGUCUAUCAUAGAAAGUUACCUGAACAACAUCUGUAGUAGCCCAGGAAAUGAAGCUUUUCACCUCGCAAUUUUUACAGAAUGGAUCGAUUUGCUUGAAAAUUUGAGAAUAAGUAGUGGAUAGUCCAAGGAAUAAAAUCUAUAUAAUGCCGAAAGGCGCUUUUACCAUGGAGGUGGUUGCUACCCCAUCACGGAGGUGAAAAUUUUUUAUUAUAUUUUGACCGCAAAAGUUGAUAAAAACAUUCAUUCUAAGCAAAAAAUGUUCCAU